GCCGCGCGGCGGUCACGUGAUGGGAGAGGACGGUCACGUGCCGGGAGAGGAGCAGCUGGGCAGCGGACACACACGGAUGCCGGCACCUUCUCCCGAGCACAAUGUCCCUGGGGAAUGUGGCCAUCAAUGACGACUACUCGUGGGACGCCGGGGAGCGCGCCCGCCUCCUGCAGAGCCCCAUCGUCUCGGAGACCCGGCGCCUGCCCGGGGGGACGUCCGCCAUCGGAGCCGUCUUCAUCGUGGUGAACGCAGCCCUGGGGGCCGGUCUGCUGAAUUUUCCGGCAGCCUUUAGCGCAGCGGGAGGAGUCACGGCCGGGAUAGUGCUGCAGCUGGUGUUAUUGCUCUUCAUCAUCAGCGGCCUGGUGAUCCUGGCGCACUGCGCGGACGCCUGCAGCGAGCGGACGUAUCAGGAGGUUGUACGCGGGAUCUGCGGCCGGCUCACUGGGGUGCUGUGCGAGAUCCUCAUCGCCGUUUACACCUUCGGGACGUGCAUCGCCUUCUUCAUCAUUAUCGGGGACCAACUCGACAAACGUGAGUCCUCUGACGCUCUCCUUGUCUCUCGCAGCUCCAUCAGUGUUCUCGGGACGUGUUAUGUGACGUUUAUUGUCAUCUUCCGCUGCGUCCUGCCACACGAACAGAUCCCGGCGUAUAUUCCAUCCAGGGCCUCCUCUUGGAUUGCUGUCUUCAACGCUGUCCCCACCAUCUGCUUUGGAUAUCAGUGCCAUGUCAGUAGCGUCCCCGUGUACGGCAGCAUGCAGCAGCAGGAUAUACGACGCUGGGGGAUCAUCGUGACCUCCGCCAUGUUUAUUGCCCUGUGUGUGUAUACGGGGACAGGGGUGUGCGGGUACCUGCUGUUCGGCACCGGUGUGGACCAGGACGUCCUCCUCUCCUUCCCGUCCAAUGACGUUCCAGUGGCCGUGGCCCGCGCGUUCAUCAUCGUAUGUGUGCUCACCUCCUACCCAAUUCUUCACUACUGCGGCCGGGCAGUGUUGGAGGGGCUCUGGCUAAGAUUUACCGCGCAGGAAGCGGGGGAGGAGCCGCGCCGGGAGCGCCGCCGCCGCAUCCUGCAGACGCUCGCCUGGUUUGUGCUGACGCUGCUGCUGGCGCUCUUCAUCCCGGACAUCGGAAGAGUCAUCUCCCUGAUCGGAGGACUGGCGGCAUGCUUCAUAUUUAUAUUUCCAGACUCUCCCCAAUACGCGGAUAGAGACGCAUCGGGCGGGGGAGGCUGGUGGGCCCUGAUCACGUACGCGGUUGCCAUGGUAGCGCUCGGAACCUUCAUCUUCGGACAAACCACAACAAAGGCCGUCUUCAUGGACCUGAUGGGCUGA